GUAGUUUUUUUCCGGCGACGUUGCACCGGAACUGGUUGAAGCAUGAGUGAGGUCACAUUGAUGUAGUUUUGUAAUGCAAUGAACUAAAACAACCAUGGCAGCGACCAACACAGAGGAGACGCACUUAAGACACGUGGAAACUGACGUCCUCAUUCCCAAGUUAAUGAGAGAGAAGGCGAAGGAGCUCUGUGAUGAGAAAGUACAAGCCUUUAACGCCUGCUGUAAAGAGUCGGGGUUCUUCAUGGUGUUCAAGUGUCGGGAGGAGAACUCGGCUCUGAAGGCGUGCUUGACACAGUACUACAAGGAUCCCGUGUUCUUUGAGCAGUGCAAGCAGGAAUACAUCCAGGAGAAGAUGGAGUUCGAGAGGACGGGAGUUCCAUCCAAGAACAGGAAACAGAAGCUGCCCACCAGCAUGUAACACCCAGAGGAGUUGAGAGCUUUGGGCAGGGAGAACCUGUGGAGGCUUUACAUGGUCUUAUACAUGUUCAGUAAAAUGAUGCUUUUGCAAAUACGUCCCGUCUCACGACUAUGAUCAUGAAGCACUUGGUUCUAUUAAGGGUAUCAGAAAAGUCCGGCUGCCAAGCAGGCUGAUGUUCCGGACCAGACGUUGUAUAUAAAUAUUCACUUGCUGUGCAGUGUGAGAUGCAAAUAUACUGAAAAUGACCUUA